AUCACGUUCUGGAGAAGAAAAUGGGCUUGCCCUAGGAUUUGGGGAAGGAAAGAGUUAAGGGCCCUUAAGUAGUAAGGAAGGGGUCAGAUCCUUGGGGCAGAAAGUAUAAUAGAUGGGUGCCAAGAUGCCAGGGAGAGGUUAAGGGUUUCAUGAAGGUAUUCAGAGGUGAAGAGUAAAGGGCCAGAGACUUCUAGAUUCUAGAAGGCAAAAGGUUCGAAGGAUCUGUAUCUGUGGAUGAGGAGAUGCCCUGCUCUCUGACCUGGAGACCACAACCUCACACAUGCCAAGGUCAGGCGCUCUAAAAGAGCGACCCCCAGAGCCCCUCACGUCUCCUCUGCCACAGAUGGGCUCUGGGGAGUCUUCAGGAGCCUCUGGGGACAAGGACCAUCUGUACAGUACGGUAUGCAAGCCCCGGUCCCCGAAGCCUGCGGCUCCUGCAGCCCCUCCGUUCUCCUCUUCCUGUGGUGUCUUGGGCACGGGUCUCUGUGAGCUGGACCGAUUGCUUCAGGAACUUAAUGCUACUCAGUUCAACAUCACAGAUGAAAUAAUGUCCCAGUUCCCAUCUAGCAAGGAAUCUGCAGGGGAGAAGAAGGAGGACCCCUCUGAGGACAAGAAAAGGCCCAGCCCCCCUCCCAGCCCAACCCCUGUUCUCCCAAAGUCUUCGGCCACCUCGGCCACCCUGGAGCUAGACAGACUGAUGGCCUCACUCUCUGACUUCCGUGUCCAGAACCACCUUCCAGCCUCUGGGCCAACCCAGCCAGCAGUGCCAAGCUCCAUGAAUGAGGGCUCCCCAUCCCCACCAGGGCCUACUAGCCAGGGCAGCCUAGAUACCAUGCUGGGGUUGCUUCAGUCUGACCUCAGCCGCCGCGGCGUGCCCACCCAGGCUAAGGGCCUCUGUGGCUCCUGCAAUAAACCCAUUGCUGGGCAAGUGGUGACAGCACUUGGCCGUGCUUGGCACCCUGAGCACUUCAUUUGCGGCGGCUGUUCCACGGCCCUGGGAGGGAGCAGCUUCUUUGAGAAGGAUGGAGCUCCCUUCUGUCCCGAGUGCUACUUCGAACGCUUCUCCCCACGAUGCGGCCUCUGCAAUCAACCCAUCCGACAUAAGAUGGUUACUGCCUUGGGCACCCACUGGCACCCGGAGCAUUUCUGCUGCGUCAGUUGCGGGGAGCCCUUCGGAGAUGAGGGUUUCCACGAGCGGGAGGGCCGCCCCUACUGCCGCCGGGACUUCCUGCAGUUGUUCGCCCCGCGCUGCCAGGGCUGCCAAGGCCCCAUUCUGGAUAACUACAUCUCGGCGCUCAGCGCGCUCUGGCACCCAGAUUGCUUCGUCUGCAGGGAAUGCUUCGCGCCCUUCUCGGGAGGCAGCUUUUUCGAGCACGAGGGCCGUCCUCUUUGCGAGAACCAUUUCCACGCGCGGCGUGGGUCGCUGUGCGCCACGUGUGGCCUCCCGGUCACCGGCCGAUGCGUGUCGGCCCUAGGCCGCCGCUUCCACCCGGACCACUUCACCUGCACCUUCUGCCUGCGCCCGCUCACCAAGGGCUCCUUCCAGGAGCGCGCCGGCAAGCCCUACUGCCAGCCCUGCUUUCUCAAGCUCUUCGGCUGACCGCCUGCGGGGCUCGUCCCGCCCAGAGAGCGCAGCACCAAAGACCUCGCCCUUCCCGAUAGAUUGGGCUCUCGGGACCCCAGGGCCUGGCUCUUGGAGCUUGGGACUCCCCCAGUCCCGCUCCGUGAGGCCCCAUCCCCUGGAGAGACUUGCCCCGAAGGUACGGCACUUUCUCCGUGGGCGAGUUCAGAAAAGGCCCAGAUCCUAAGGCCACAUGUCCCCCAAAGUGGGUCGUACACUGACAAGCGACCCCGCAUGAGCCCUUCACUUUAUUCCCAGCCUUAAGGGAGCCCCCCAACUGGAAGAGGGCCCUUGCAAUUUCCACAAAUCCGAGCCCAGGCCAGGAUAUCCCUCUCCCCGACCCCUCACUGUUCUGUGCACUUUUUUCUACCUACAUAAACACACAUUCCACGUCA